AUGGAAGUUCAUCAUGAUAUUAGUCAUGAUGAAGAUAGUGGUAGAGGAGGGGUCGAUAUUGACCUAAUCGACGAUACUCACAAUAAUAAUAAUAAUCCUCAUCUCGAUCAUGAUAUCAGUAUCAUAAAUCAUACUAAUAAUAAUAAUAAUAAUAACAGCAGCAAUAAUACUACUACUACUACUACUACUAGUAUUAGUAAUAAACAACAUCAAGAAUUAAGUUUAUCUGAAUUAUAUACUGCAAAUAAUAGUAGUAAUAGUAAUAAUAGUAAUAGUAAUCAAAGUAAUAGUAAUAGUAAUAAUAUCAAUAGUAUUAAUAUAAGUAAUAUAAAUAACGCGUCUUCAUCAUCAUCGAACAUUUCAACUACAUCGAUUAAUAAAUCAUUGAAUCGUAGAAGUUUGCAAUUUGAAGGAUCACAAUUACAACAUCAUCUCUAUACUAGUGCGAGUCUGUUAUCGACGCCACAAGUGAGUGGUACGUUGACACCUCCUACAAAGCUUGCUCGGUCUAUACAGCAAUUGGCACAUUUCCACAGCUCGAAGAAAUCUGGUACUUGGAGUGGUAGCAGUCUUUCGGGAACACCUCUUGGCGCAUCAUUGUUGAAUGGCAAUAUUGGUAGUAGUGGUAAUAGUAGAAACACGUUUAGUGGAUACUCUUCUCUUGCCUCUGACAGUAGACAUCAACCAUUGAUACAAUCACUUUCACAACCUCAUUUAUUACAGUCAAGUAGUAAUAGUAGUAGUCAACAACAACAAUUGAUAAGUAAUGAAUUAAAUGAAAAUAACAAAAAGAUACAUCAAUCUAUAUUUAAACAACAAAAUCAACAAACAGAUAAUAAUAAUAAUCAAGAGGAUCAUUCAACAAAUAACAAUUCAUCAUUUGGACCAACAUCACCACAUUUCACAGUACGCAGAAAUCAUUAUUUGACAAGUAUGACUCAAUUCCCAUCUACUCCCAUUUCAAUACCAUCUCAACAACAAUCUCAACAACAUGGAUCAUAUAAAUAUGAUCAAGAAUAUAAUGAUGAAUAUUCAUUUGACGAUCAAUUGAAAACACCACCAAACGAAGAAAAUGAAUUACACGCAUUCUACAAGAGAAUUGAAAGUGAUCCUCAAGGAUACAUUACAAUCAAUGAAAUGAAGGAAAUCCUAGCGGCCUAUAACGAAGAACAUCAAGAAUACAUCAUUGGUAACCUUCCCUUUAGAGAUGGUAUUUGUUCCAAUGCAGAGUUUUUGGAAAUGCAAAAAGGUUAUACUUCAACCAUGACUGAUGAUUCCUCUUAUGACCUUGAAGAUCAUCCAAUUCGUAUUUUACAAGGAAAUAAUAGAUUAUUUCAAUCUAUGAUACCACCAAGUGGAGAUUUUGAAGGAGUAGGAACUUAUGGUACAGAGAUUAGUACACAAGAGUUUUUACAAUUAGAGGUGAAUAGAUUAGAGAGAGAAUUGAUUGCAUCAAAGGACAAUGAAAAACUAGCAAUCACAUCUAAAAAUGAGGCCGAAGAAAGAUACCAAAAGGUUGUACAGGAAUUGGAUGGUAGUAACAAGGAAUUGGCCAAGGUGAAAAGAGAAGCUCAAGUCAUUCGAGAAAAGGAGAAAAAGAAAUCAAAUCUUACUACGGAACUUGAAAAGAGUAAACAACGAGAGUUGGACACUCAAAAGGAAGUGGAUGAUUUAAAAAAACAUAAACAACGAUCGACUGACCAAAUCACCAAACAAAAGGAAGAACUUGCCAAAAAUGAACAAAAACAAGAGAAUCUAUCUGACGAGAUUGAAACCAAAGACCAAGAGAUUAAAGGAUUAAGAAAACGUAUUGCCACGUUGGAGAAAAAUGCCAAAGAGUUUGAAACUCUAUUACAAGAUUUAAAGAAUCAAGAAGAAGAUCAACAUCAAAAAGAACUUCAACAACAACGGUUAUUGGUUGAAAAAGAACAACAAAAUAUUAUAGUUCAAAAUACCUAUUUAAAUUCUUCAAUUCUUGGUCAAUCACAAUUGGAUGAUCAAAAGAAAUUAAAUCAUUUGGAAAAUAAUAAUAGUGAAGAUUUAAUUGCAACUAUUGAUAAUUUAAAAAUGCAAAUUCAAGUACUUACAACUACUGAUCAUCAAACACAACUUGACAAUUUAAAUCAACAAAUUGAAAAUUUAAAUCAACAAUUAUCAAAACAACAAGAAAAAAUAGAAGAAAAGAUACAAGAAAUUACAAAAAUUACAAAAGAAAAGGAAAUGGAAUUGAACAAUUUACAAAAUCAAUUGGACACUAUUAAAAAUGAACAAAAAUUAAAAGAAUUGGAGAUUAAUAAUUUACAAUCAAAUUUGGAAAAGAUUAAAUUGGAAAAUGAUCAAUCAAGUCAACAAUCAAAUAUUCAAAAUAUAAAAUUGAGAGAGGAAUUGGAAAAAGCAAUCAAUGAAAAGAAAAGUUUGGAUGAACAAUUGGAAAAGAAAAAUCAAAAUGAACAAACUAUUCAGUUGCAAUUGGAAAAGAUUAAAUUGGAAAAUGAUCAAUCAAGUGAUCAAUCAAAUAUUGAAAAUAUAAAAUUAAAAGAGGAAUUGGAAAAAGCAAUUAAUGAAAAGAAAAGUUUGGAUGAACAAUUGGAAAAGAAAAAUCAAAAUGAACAAACUAUUCAGUUGGAAAAUACAAAAUUGAAAAAUGAAUUGGCUAAAGCAGUUAAUGAAAUUGAUCAAUUGUCAAGUCUACAAAUUGGAUCGAUUGAAAAUUUGAAAAAUGGUUAUGAUCAACAAUUAAAAACAAAGACUAGAGAAUAUGAACGGUUAUCGGCUGAACAAAAGACAAAAUAUGAUCAAUUGGAAAAAGAAAAGAAUGAAUUGGCAACCAAACACACGACCUUGACUGAACGAGCCAUGGGAGUUGUCAAGAAAUUAAAAGAAGCUGAUCAAGUAAACCAAGAAAUGAAAGCGACUAUUGAAAGUGCUACCAAAGAACACCAACUCGCAUUAAAUCAACACGCCGAUGAAAUUCAAAAUUACAAUAAUCAAAUAGAAACGCUCACCAAACGAUACACGGAACAAAAACAAUUGGCAAACUUGCAAUACAAUGAAAUUGUAAAACAAAUGGUAUCAACUAUUCAAGGAUUAAUUAAUUAUUUAAAAACAAAACAAGAUCAAAAUCAUUUUGAACAACAAGACGAACAACAUCAACAACAAAAACGCGUUUUGGAAGAAGAAAGAUUACAAACAUUAGAGAUUAAUGGAUUAUUAAGAGGUGUAGAAUCAAAACCACAACUUGAACCACAUUUGGAAUCAUUUAAUGAAACAAUAUCGGUACUACAAUUAGAGAUUGAUGAAUGGAUCACUAAACAAAUGACGGAAUUUAAACACUUGACCAAUGAUCUAAAUAAUCGUAAACAAUUAAAUCAAAAACAACAACAAACAAUUAAACAACAACAAAAUGAGUUGGCUAUUAAAUCAACCUCCUCCUCUUCACAUCAGGUCAAACUAGUCCCAUUGAAUGGAUCAAGUAAAUCAUACCUAUUUAUUAAAAAUUUCUUCUCACUUGUUGGUUUGGUUUUGGUAAUGUUUGUUUUAUUAUCAAUUCUAUUAACCAAAGUAAAUCCAAUAAGAUUUAUUCAAAGACCAAAUUAA